AUGGGUCCCUGUAAAGAAUGCGCGCAGAAGCAUAACACGUUGAUACACCAAUCGUCAGAUAACAAGACUUCUGUAAAACAGAGAGUUCAAGAUAAAGUCAAGUCCGAUGAAUCGGUUAGUAAUGUAGCGGUUCAUCAUGCGUCAAGCAAUACUAGGAGACGUCAAAUACUUAUGGCUACGGCAAUAGUAGAAGCUACUCAACGUAACGGUCGAAGCGUUCCGAUUCGCGUUCUUCUUAAUAGUGCGAGCGAGGUCAAUUUUAUUUCUCAAGCAGCACAUAAUAAGCUAGGUUUGAAGCGAAACUAUGUCUCAGAAAUAGUUACGGGAUUAAACGAAGUAGAGAACAAAAUACAUUAUAUUUGCGAUGUUCACAUCAAGUCUAGAUGCUCCAAUUUCGAGAUUAACACAGAGUGUUUUAUUGUUCCCAAGGUUACGAAGGAUUUGCCAUCCAUGAAACUAGAUCGUAACAAGUUAACAUUGCCAAACAAUCUAAAAUUAGCUGAUUCCGAGUUUCACAAGAUUGGUCCGAUAGACAUGUUAAUCGGCGGAGAAUUCUUUUACGAUUUGAUGGAAGACGGCAAAAUAGAGCUUGGAAAAAAUCAAUUAACUCUAAGGAAUACUAAAUUUGGAUGGAUAAUCGCGGGACCAAUAUCGGCUGCUUCGGUAGUUUCAAGUAUCAAACAGAACACGGUGCACGCGUUAACCUGUUCAUUGAAAUCUCACGACGAUUUAAACGAAAAUCUAGAAAAAUUCUGGGAAUUGGAGAAUUAUGACAAGGGAACGACACGAUUAUUAUCAAACGAUGAGAAAAAAUGCGAGCGAUAUUUCGAACAAACUACUAUACGCGAUACUAACGGUAGAUUUAUUGUAAGGCUACCAUUUCGAGAUGAAACCCUACCUAUUGGCAAUAACAAAGAAAUAGCACUUAAAAGAUUAAAUUAUCUGGAACGAAAGCUUAAAGGCAACAAGGUAUUUCGCGAUCGUUAUAUCAAUUUUAUGCAUGAUUAUGUUAAACUAGGACAUAUGUCGAUUGUAAUUGAUUCACAUAAUGAACCCCAGAGAGUGGUGUAUUUACCUCACCAUGGUGUGCUAAAGGAGUCUAGUAGUAGCACAAAGUUGCGAGUUGUAUUCGAUGCUUCGGCAGAGAACAACAGAGGUGUGUCUUUGAAUGAUGCUCUUCUUGUUGGGCCGGUAUUACAAGAUAAUCUAAUCGAUAUAGUGUUGAGAUUUCGAUUCUCUGAAAUUGCUUUGACAGCCGAUUUGCAAAAAAUGUUCCGGCAAAUACUGGUUCACAUUUCGGAUCGUGACGCACAACGUAUUUUAUGGCGAUUCUCAACUGAGGAGCCCAUACAAGAGUAUCGUUUAAAUACCGUCACUUACGGGCAAGCAUGUGCCUCAUAUUUAGCGAUUAAAUGUUUGAGACAAUUAGCUACAGACAGCGCGGAACGAUAUCCAUUAGCGGCAAAUGCUUUAUUGUACGAUACAUACGUCGAUGAUAUAAUCUCCGGUACGAACACCGUUGAAGAAGCGCAAAUCUUGUAUGAACAAUUGACUAGCUUACUAUUAGAAGGCGGAUUCACAGCGCACAAGUGGUGCUCGAAUUCUGAAGAAGCUCUGGAAAAUGUGCCAAUACAUUUAAGAGAAUCUAAUUCGACUUUGAACAUUGAUGCGAAUGACGCGCAAAUCGUGGCGCAAGCAUUUACGAAACGCAAGAUACUAUCAGCAAUUAGUAAAUUGUAUGAUCCUCUAGGUUUGAUUGGACCAGUUUUAACGACGACCAAGAUUCUAAUGCAAGGUUUAUGGGAGAUCAAAGUAGAUUGGGAUGAUCCACUCCCAGAAUCGUUCCUAGAUAAAUGGGUAAACUUCCAAGAAAGUUUAAAGGACGUAUACACAUUAUGCGUACCAAGAUUAAUUGUCAAUUCGUUGGGAACAAGUCAAUUAUUCAUACAAGGAUUCUGCGACGCGUCCGAAAGCGCAUACGGCGCGUGCAUCUAUGUGCAAUCAGUGAACAAUUGUCAGGACAAGAUAUCGAGUCGAUUACUCUGUUCAAAGGCUAGGGUAGCCCCUUUAAAGAAACAAACCGUACCAAGAUUAGAGCUAUGUACCGCGUUACUCUUAGCAAAACUACUUGAUAACGUGAAAAAGGCAAUUCGAGUCAACAUUGAUGGUAUAUAUGCAUGGUCAGACUCCAUGGUCGUACUGCACUGGUUGCGUGGUGAUACAUCGCGCUGGAAGCCAUUUGUAUACAAUCGUGUGGCGGAAAUACUGAAAAUCCUGCCAGCAAGUCAAUGGAAUCACGUCAAAGGUUCCGAAAACCCUGCCGAUUUAAUCUCAAGAGGUGCCACUCCUGCUCAACUAAAGGACAGCAGCUUGUGGUGGAAUGGCCCUGAGUGGCUAUUGAGUAUACGUCAAUCUACAAACCAUGAAGAGUCCAAUUGGGAGCUCAACGAAGAAGAUCUUGCCAGUGUUGAAUUCGAGAGCAAAGGAGAAGUACGAUGCUGCAAUGUAAAUGCACAACAGGCAUCUUCAUAUGGCGAAGCAAUAGCCAAGCUAAUCGAACGCUGCUCCACGUUAACAAAAAUAGAACGAUCACUCGCUUAUUGUAUUCGAUUUGUCUCCAACUGCCGCAAAAAGGGGGAGAACAGAAUCCUAACCAGGUUAACUCUGUCAGAAAUAGCAACCGCGCAUAUGGAGUUAAUCAAAUAUUCGCAACUCAUUUAUUUUCCAGAUGACAUAAAGGAUUUACGAGUUAAGGGCGAACUGCGCCAAUCAAGUCAACUGAGCCAAUUGCAAGCCUUCCUUGACAAAGAUGGUGUCCUCAGGGUGGGCGGUCGUUUACAAGAAACUCCAUGGACUUUCGAGAGAAAGCAUCCAAUCUUAUUGUCAGGUCAAUGCAAAAUCACGCGUUUGCUAAUUGAAAGAGAGCAUCGUGCCCUACUGCACGCUAGUCAGCAACUAUUGCUGUCAGUUAUACGACAGAGUUAUUGGCCAUUAAACGCGAGGAACAUAGUGAGACAAAGCAAUCCACCUAGAGCAAUCCACCUAGAGGCAACGAGUGAGCUAACCACGGCAGCCUUCAUGGCAACACUACGCAGAUUCGUAGGACGACGAGGACUUCCAAGGAAGAUCUGCAGUGACAAUGCUACAAAUUUCGUAGGAGCGAAGCGAAAGCUGGAGGAACUAUACGCAUUCGUUCGAUCUUCUAUCGACGGAGCGGUCGGCGACAACUUGCAAGAAAGGGGAAUAGAAUGGAGUUUUAUUCCUCCUUACUCGCCCCAUAUGGGAGGCCUCUGGGAGGCCUCCCAUAGGAGUUAA